AUGCCUUCGGAUCGUGAUUCAGACAACAAACGGGACAAGUCCAACAUGCCCCACAAUAAGGACUGGGAUGGCGAGUCCGAGACAAAUCCGUUUGUCACAUUUCGGCGCUUCGCCGAUGAACAAGUCUCUUCUGUGUUACAGUCGAUCACUGGCCUUCCGUCCUCAGUCGGAUCUCCCCAAUCAGACAGCUGGACCAUCUUCACAGAUGAUAAAUCAUACAAAAACAUGGCAUAUCGCCACCGGAACGGCGCGAACUCGAACUCGAACUCGAAUUCGAACGUGAACCACACAGUGGAGCGCGACUCUACCCCAAAUCAAAACCCCGACCCCAACACACCAGACGGAGAAGAGAAACCACCAAACUACAAGAACAACAACCAGCAACUGUCUCGAUUUCCCCAACAAUCAUCAUAUUCAUCUGAAGAAGUCAGCAGAUCAGCGCAUUUUCCAUCCCGUAACGACGGGCCUUCCGAUUUCUUCGGCCUCGACUCAUUCUUCAAGCGCUUCGAAGAUCACUAUCUCCCCUUCGCAUCCUUCCUAUUCCACCCACACAUCAACUUCCCAUUUUCCGACAUGUUUGACGACAGCAACUUGCCCACCUGGCCACUCACUUACAUAAUGCUGAGCCCCUACUCCCCUCUCCAUCUCGAACGCCAGGCCCAAUACCGCGCGCAAGGUGAUCAGGGUGUGUUUUCCGCCAUCAUGUCCUCUCUCCGACCUGAUUCGGAUUCGGAAUCAGACCGCGAUCCCGCGGAACCGCAAUGGCGUGAGGCAUUCGAGGAUUUGCUCCGUUUAGAGAAUGGUAAGUCUAUGCUUGAGCGCGAUUCCCUAGCGCCCAGCAAGACAAGGCCAGAGAAUGGAACAGAAUGGCUACAUGGGUUGGUCAAGCGUGGUAGCUUGGGCGAUCGGUGGAAAUACAUUUCAGGUACAGACGGUCAUCCCUGGUCUGGUAUUACGUUUACUGGUCACAGUGAGAAUGAUCGUUCAUUACGUGAGAAUGAUUUGGCGGCGCGUGAAGAAGCUCAAGCGGAGAGUGAACUGGCAUUAUACGAGCGUUUCUUGCAGGAUAUCCAGGAUCGCGAACGCGAGUUCUCUCAGGCAAGCCCAUUAUUCCGUGCCCUGCUCGAGGAACGACGGCAUCAGCAGGAUAAAUUUGAGAAGUUCCAACGAGGAAUGAUGCCCGAUCCCGACCAGGGUAACGAUGAUACGGAAAGCUGGCUGGAUCUUGUCUCGGGUGGACACCGUAAGUCCGUUCCUGAAACCGAGGAUACGGCAUCUACACCUGCGGCGGACACAAAGCAGGUUGAAUCGGCUGCGGAGCCCCGUGUUAUUUCCACCAUGACUCGCACGGAGCGUAAACGUCUCCCUGAUGGUUCGAUCGAGACCAAAAAGGUACAGACCAAACGCUAUGAAGAUGGCCGUGAAGAGAGCGAGUCAUUUGUUGAGAUGUCGCGCCCGAAGUUGGAGGCUGGCGAGGAGCAGCCUGAACAAAAUAUGCAACCCAAAAAUGGCUGGUUCUGGAAAGACUGA